CCCGGUCGAUUUUGUGCAAACGCUAUUGGUACUAACGGAGCGAUCGCGUUGUAGUUCGUAUUGGUGUUAAAUUACUUUUGAAAUAAAACCAUAAUCACUACAAGGGACACCCACGGAUCACAGAAUGGAUGCCGAAGUGUGCCCAUCGUGCGGCGCUUCUGCGGUGGCCGACGAAAGCGGAGACGGAUUCUCUCGAGUGUGCACUGCCUGCGGAGUCGUCUUGGACGCUGCCCCGCUGCAAGCGACGGGUUUCACGGGUGACGACGAUGGACUCUGUUUUGUGUCUUCAACAAGCAGGGACACAAUGUCCCUUCAAAGAGACAAGAGGGGCGAAGCACGCAUGCAGCGCCUGCUCGGAAGCGGGGUGUCCGGGAGCCGGCGCCUCUGCCACGACUGGAUCAAGCAGGUCGGCGUUAAGGUCAACAUGGACUCUGUGAUGGUCCAGCAGGCCUGUGAUAUCUUGGACAGACACUUGACCAGAAAGCCGUUGAACCAACAGAUGGCCAUCGCUGCUGCCAGCUGUUACGAGGUGCUUCAGAACAAUGGUCGAUCCAUAUCGCUUCCCGCCUUGGCCAAGAUGGCCCAGUGUACAGGCUCACACCUGUUCCAAGCCAUUCGUGCGAUCAGUGAGAGCAUGGGCAAGGGAACAAGGCCAGUGAUGCUUGAGGAUCUGCUGCCUGAAGCGGCACAGUCGAUCGACCCCUCCGAACGGUCGCAGGUGUUGUCGCGCGCCACUGCCCUGUUGGAGCCGCUCAGGCGCUGCUGGUUCCUGGAGGGGCGAGCGCCGCGUUGCAUUGGGCCUGUGCUCAUCUUCGUCGCCUGGAAGUCACUCAAUCUCCCACAGCGGAACAUUUCGUUGGCGAGCUUCUGCGAAAUGCACGGCUUGGGCAAGCCCAACAGCUCUGUCCUAGCUGCGAACGCCGACCUGAACAAGGUGCUCAUACAGCUGGCCAGUCAGAUUCCGUGGGUCAAAGGUCAGAAGCUCACGAGCCGUACGGCGCUGGCGUACGUGCCGGACAUAGUUCGCUACUCUGCGUCGUUGGUGGUGGACGCUGCCAGGAGCGCAGUGGGCGCGAAAGUCGUCGAACAAGCGGCGGACCAGAGAUCCGCUGCCAUCUACGCAACAUUUCGGAAGGGGAGGAAAAGAUUUAGUACGGUUGAUUACUCAGGCAGCUCAGAUGUGGCGGACUGCGACGGCAACAGAUACAUAUCCGACUCCGAAAUCGACGUCCACAUCCGAAGCGAGCGAGAAGUGAAUAGUGUGAAGGCGUUUCUGAAAUCUCGGAAGCUACAGGAAGAAGAAACAGCGAAGGAAGACUGAUUUAGUGGAUCGGCGAUAAGCAUGGAUACGAUGUACAUGGUGAUAUGGUGUAUUUGCAGUAGUAAACUAUCACAAAGCAUUUAUGGUGUGCAAGAAACAAAGAGAAUGCUAGUUAGAAUUGUUUUCAUUACAUUUUUCAAUCGCAUCUUGAUGCAUUUCUUAAAGCUUGUGGUUCAAACUGAAUUAGAAAGUAAUUUUAAACAGAAUAGCUUGAAUAGUGUAUGUCACAUAUUAUAAAGAAAAAUGAGCAUAUUUGUCAUGACCCAACUAACUUGUACAAUAAUUUCGAGAAUUAGAACAGGGCGUGUAUGAAUGUUCCAUUUGGUUCGAAGUCAAGCGGAAGCAACCUUGUAUACUAGUACGGUACAAGUUAUAAGUGGUGAAAUAGGUUAAAUUUUAAAAUAUUUUAUACAUGGGGCAUAUAAAGCCGUAUAACACAGUAUUUAAAGUUUAAAAAUAUUAAUGAACGUGCACCUUUAAAAGUGUGGCUUUGCGGCAGUGCAGAUGUUCGCUGGAUAGGGAAUGGGAUGGCAUAGCAGUGCCAUGCUGAAAUGAAACCACUACUUAAAGGUGGGGGCUCAAAUGCAGUCAAAUAUAUGUCUACUCGCUCAUUUAGAACAUUUCAAUUUGUAUUCAUGUCUGAGCGAAUUCAAGCACUAAUAUUCAUUUGAAUAUUCGCGCUUGCUUACAAACACCUUGGACGUCACAGCAACGAGGUUAUUUAAAAACUCAGAACAGCCGAUUACCCCCCUUGCGCGUUUGCAAGAAAAAAAUGAUUUCUAGAAACAAAAUGAUGGAGGUUUUGAUGAGUGUCUCGAAAGGUUGAAAUGCGCCUGCAGAACAAACUGGUGACAUCGUAGGAGGGAGGGCACAUUUACAUUAGUGCAAGCGUCCAGAAGUUUCGAGAUACAGGAAUUGGAUAACUCUUCGCAAGCUCCAGCCAGCAAGUGCUGCCACUUUAUUGGAGUUACACGCUCAACUUUUCGCAAUGCGAGUAUGUUUGCAUGAUUUAUUGACGGUUGUUGGCACACUUUGUAAUACGAAUGGAUUUCCAGUUUGCUUGUUUGAAUGCUGCCGUCGAGUUUUAUGCAUUGCAAUUUUUCUUACAAGUGACCUUCUACACAACAUUGCUGCCGUUACUGCCAACAUCACUCGUCUCUGUCUCACAUUAUUUCUUCAAAGUACAUAACAUUACCUUUCAGACAAUUAACAUAUGUGAUUACCAUUGCUAUUGUAUUACUAUUGUAAAAAGGUCACCCCAAGGACCUAGAGCUGAUUUUCCCGAAACGUGAAAUUCUGUCUGUUAGAAAAGUGUAUAAUGUAUAAUCUUAAGCUGAAUGCAACAUAUUCAUAGACAUAAACUACAAGAUUCCUAUGCACGCACUCUGUCAAUCAAAUAUUGCUGCAGAAAUUUUGCCUGCAAAAUCAAGAAAGGACGCACAAACUAUGAAAAGCGGGGCAUUCAACUGCUAAUUAUUCACGAAUCGAAUAUAGACUUUACACUUAAAACAAAACCAUUAAAAUCCCAUGGCAAAUCAUUUCUUCUUUCAACUGAUGCCAUAGUAGAUCCACAGGCAUUUACAUGCAACAGUACUAGUACACUUAGUUUUUUUGCUGUUUAUUUCUCUUGCUAUUAACCAUGGCACUAAAACAGUUAUUUGAUUCUAAUAAUGCUUUCUUUUUAAAACAGAGCAUGUGAGAAAGUCACUUCAAAGUGAAUUCGUACAUAUGUUUAGACAAUGUGCAAAGCGAAUUUGCACAUUAUCUGACAUGUAAUGUGUAGAAAGAAGUGCAUUUUAAAAUUUUGAACAUUGUUUUGUGCAUGUAUGCUGAAAAAAAGCAUGAUCUGAAUGCAUUUAUCAUAAUGAAUACAUAUGUAAGAAAAAUAGGUGACAGUAUUAAGAACAAGCAAGUAUCUUGU